GAUAAUUUAGCUCCUGGUAAAAACCUCCUGAACAGUGACCUCCUGAAGGGAUUCCAACCAGGAGAGGUUUCAGCUGGUUGCAAUCUGCCGUCCUCACUGUUAGACGCCAUGAAUUCACCUACAAACUGGACCCGAAGACUUGAACUAGUCCAUAUUAAGUAUGUUUUUAACAGUGCCUCUCUUGAUAUGUUCUCCCAGGCUUUACUUGUGGAACUGGAAAAAUGUCUGAUCCAAAAGAGUCCAACCUGCAAAAUGCGAUAGAGGAUAUCAUCCAAGUGUUUCACUCCUACUCUGGAAAAGAAGGUGACAAGUACAAGCUGACCAAAACGGAGCUGAAGAACCUGUUAAAGGGAGAACUCAGUGAUUUCCUGAGAUGCAGCAAGAACCCCAUAAUGGUCGAGAAGAUUAUGGCUGACCUGGAUGAAGACCAAGAUGGUCAGGUGGACUUCAAGGAGUUCAUCAUUCUGGUUGGUGUGCUGACUAUCGCCUGCAAUGAAUUCUUCAAAGACUGCCCUACUGACAGUGGUUCCAAUAAAGACUGAAAGUCUAAUACUCAGCAUUAAGUUGAUACCCAUUUCCUUCAACAAUUUAUAACGAUGUUGGUCAUUUUAGAGAUGUAAAGGUUUGAAUCAUUCCUUGUAAUGUUGCAUAUUAAGAUACAUCACUGCAAACCAACUGAGAUCUUCUUUUCUUUUGGUCCUUGAGAAGUCCAUCUAAAUAAAUAUAUCACCCUGUUUG